AUGACCCUUGCUGACCGGUUUAAGUGGACUGGCACCCCAUACAGCGGUUACACAUCCUCCUCCUCCCAGCACUCCCCCUCCGCUCCAAACUCCCUGCCCAGCCAUCUGCACACCAGCCGCCAGAGCUACAACUUCUGGAAGGCCGGUUCCCAAACCCCUCUAACCAGUGCAUCCUCAGUGAAUUCCUUCUUCCGGCCUUCGUCACAAUCGAGCAGUUGCCUGUGGAAGGCCCUCAAACUGGUAUGGCGCUUCAUCAAAUGGCCGCUGGGUCUCCUGCUCAUAAGCAGUCUUUUAGGAUUAGUCGUUUAUUUUUUGGUUGUAGAUAGGGAUAUCAUGAGCAGUUCACUGCUGGGAGAGCACAGCAUCUACGAUGUGGAAGAGAACCUGUCCAUCGAUUUCAACGAUUUUACCAAUGCAAAUGAUUUGGACAGCGGCCCUGUCACCACCUUCGGGCGGGAUCACAAAGACAAGGGCAUAGGUUUCACCAAAGACGGUUCAACGCCCAAUUCCAAGUUUUCCUUUGGCCUCAACAACGACCUGCUGGCGAUUUUCGUCAAAAAGACCGAACAGAACCGUAACGAAGGACAAAACCUGUGGUCGUCCACGGAGCAUGAGAACUUGAGCGAAGAAACCCCAGCCACGGUGGAGAAGGUCACCACCAGCACAAGCACAACUCGGGCUCCGAUUCGCAAGACCAGCACAAUUUCUCUAAAGGACUACACCAAAGCGCGAGUGAACUUUGACGAUGAGUUCGACGAAGCCGUCAACGAGCACACGACCCGGGCCUUCGACGCUGCAGGAUCGUCGGAUUCGCACAACGGCAGACAGGUGGGAUCAAGAGAAGACCAUAGUUCACCAUACCAUUCGUUCGGAUUCACUUCAGGUCAUCAAAAUAGCUUUGGCGUUCCCAUCGAAGAGGACGAGCGUCUGUUGAGGAUGUUGAACGAACAGUUGAUGAAACUUGAGAAGCAAAGAGAAAAAAACCUAACCACCACUUCGUCGACCACGGAUUCCAGCCUGUACCGGACAAAGGUAUCCCCGACUCUGCCCAUACUGUCCCGGUUCGAAAUUACCACCGAAGGUUUGAAACGAUUCAAUAUUUCCGAAGAAGGCAUCUGUAAGUCCACAUCCCUGCCACUGUGCCGAGGAGUACUGCCCUACGAUCUCACCACAACCAAAAAUCUGCACCUCUCGAACGUCGAGUACGAGCACUUCCAGUACCUGAUCAACUCCAAGUGUUCCGUCCGGGUGGCGGAGUUUGUCUGUCUGGUGCUGGAACCGGAAUGUCGGCCAACCAGAAUGGGAACCCUCAGUCCGUGCAAGAGGAUCUGCAAAUCAAUUCUGGAACCAUGUGCGCACAUCAUUGCCAGCUCGGAGGUUCUGACGGCAACGUUCGACUGCGACAGCUAUCCGGAUUCGAACGAUCGGAAUGUGUGCGAAGAUCCAACGCGGCAGAGCAAAUGCUUCGCCAAUGAGUUCCAGUGUGCAGAUUCCAGCUGCAUCCCAUUGCAGUGGAAAUGCGACAACAUCAAGGACUGCCAAAACGGCGAGGACGAAUCGGACUGCAAGUUCUGCGAGCGAGAUGAGUACCGUUGUCUGUCCAACGACAAAUGUAUUCCGGACAAGUGGCGCUGCGACCAGUACGAGGACUGUCCGGACGCGUCGGAUGAACUGGACUGCUACUACGAUGAGCCCACUACCUUCCCCACGGGGUUCGGCAGUCAACGGGAGUAUCCUUUCGUGCAGGUGCAAGUGCCCAACAGUCCCGUCAAUGGCAAACCAUAUCUGACGAUCACCAACGAGGAUCGGGAGAAGAAUCAACAGCAAGCACAUACGGUGAGGCCCUAUCCGGACUAUGAAGCCUCGCGGGAAGACGAGUACGAACCUACGGCAGCGGAAAACGUUCCGCAGGUGAAUCGGAAAAACCGGACGGAACCGAUUGAGAACAGGACGGAACGAGUGGAAGAUCAAACCGAAGCGGAAACCAGCCAAAUAUCGGUUCCCAAGUCUUUGAGUAAUUUCCAGGACAGUAAAGAAAUUAUGAUGACGUCGGAUUCAGAGAAUGACUACAAAUACAGCAGCACUAGCAGGGCAUUCCUCACGACCGCCCACGCGUCGCCGUGUCCCGAGGGGGAGCUACGGUGUGUGAGCGGUAUUUGCAUUUCUGUGAGCCAACUGUGUGAUAAAGUAACCGACUGCCCCGAUGGCGCCGACGAAGCCAUGUGUGUUUAUAAGGAGUAAUACUCAGAAAGAGGCGAACCGUGAAUUCCGCCCCGGAACAAACCAUGACCAGAAAGAUUUUAAACCGUAGCGUAGCACUGCCCCUAAGAGAUUGAUGCUUCUUUCUCCUCUCUUUCCAGUUGCGAAAAGGGAUACACGAUCGAAUUGUAUUUAUAGAUUGUUAACUUGUUGUUAGAUUAUUGGCGGAGCAGCCAUUUUUGGCUUAAGCCUUAGGAAAUACGGAACCAUCAUUCAUCCUGCCGUGUCGUCACAAUUAUUGUUACCAUUGUUGAACAGAGUUACCCUUCCAUGAUGUGUAUUAUUAGAAUGUUAAGUGCCCUAGGACAUUAUGUGUAAUAUUAUUAUCGGAUAAAAGGAGCCCGUUGGAAUGGCAAAAUAGUUCGCAAAAUGGGUGAGUUUUGCGGAACAUAUUUCUGGUAGCCAGCCGUUGGAAGUUAUAUUGAAAAAAUGAUAUUUUUAUCGUUAGCAACGCGUUGUAAAUAAGCCAUUUCUAUCUUUCGUACCAUUUCAUUUAAUCUUUUGUAAAUCUAUGUUUCAAUAAAUUUUAUGUUGAGAAUAUUAAAGACGAGACGUCCUUUCAUUUGAAUCACAUUUCCCA